AUGCCGACGACGUGUCGCAGUGUCCGAGUGUCGGCCCACGCGAUCGCUCUACGUCUAUUUCCGUGCGGGACGGUGGACUUUGGACGUCGCGCGGGCGGCGGCUUCCGCUACUCAACGCUCACUGUCUCGAGAUUGGCGAUGCCUCGAUCCGAUUCGAUGUUUCCGGACAUCGGAUCGUCGCUAUACUGUCCAAUCGAUUUUCGGAGAUCGAACUGCGGAUCGAUUCAACUCUGGCCAGUGAAAAUCCGUAAUUGUGCAACACCGAACAGUUUUCACCUAGAAGCGAAUCGGUCUCCAGAGAUGUUUAUAGACGAGAAUGAGACGCCCGAGUCAUGGUGGGUGUCGGCGGCGCUGAGGACCAUACGCGCGGUGGCGCUGGUCUGCGACAUCCUCACCUUCCCGAUACACCUCGUGCUGCAGAGGCCGUGGAGGAAGCGCGAGCUUUCUCGCAAAAUUAAGGCGCGCGUGAUAGAGUCGACGCCGACGAGCGUGACGGUGCGCUCCGUGUCGUCGCCGGGCGAGCUGCACCUGCGGCUGGUGCGCGACAGGGUGACCACGAUGGAGGCGAUGCUGCGCGCCGCCGCCCAGCGCUGGGCGCAGCGGCCCUGCCUCGGCACGCGCACCGUGCUCGGCGAGUGGGACGAGCCGCAGGCGAACGGCAGGGUCUUCAAGAAGUUCAAGAUGGGCGACUACGUGUGGCGCUCGUUCGUGGACGUGGAGGAGGAGGCGAGGCAGUUCGCCAGCGGGCUGCGCGAGCUGGGAUGCGCCCCGCGCCAGAACGUCGCCAUGUUCGCCGAGACGCGCGCCGAGUGGAUGCUGGCCGCGCACGGAUGCUUCAAGCAGAGCAUACCGGUGGUGACAAUCUACGCAACCCUGGGCGACGACGCGAUCGCGCACGGCAUCAACGAGACCGAGGUGUCCACCGUGAUCACCACGCACGAGCUGCUGCCCAAGUUCAAGAAGAUCCUGGACAAGACGCCCAAGGUGGACACCAUCGUGUUCAUGGAGGACCAGCUCAAGGUCACCGACCGCGAGGGCUACAAGCCCGGCAUCAGGAUCUUCGGCUACAAGGAGGUGGUCGCCAAAGGAGCCCAGUCCCAGAUCGAGGCGGUGCCCCCGUCGCCCACCGACACCGCCAUCAUAAUGUACACGUCGGGCUCGACGGGCGUGCCCAAGGGCGUGGUGCUGUCGCACCGCAACAUGGUGGCCACGCUGAAGGCGUUCGCGGACGCCAUCCCCAUCAGGGACGACGACGUGCUCAUGGGCUUCCUGCCGCUCGCCCACGUGUUCGAGCUGCUCGCCGAGAACCUGUGCAUCCUGGGCGGCGUGCCGAUCGGCUACUCGACGCCGCUCACCAUGCUGGACUCGUCAUCGAAGAUCAUGAAGGGCACGAAGGGCGACGCGACCACGCUGCGGCCCACGUGCAUCACCACGGUGCCGCUGAUCAUGGACCGCAUCAGCAAGGGUAUCACGGAGCGCGUGGCGCGCAGCGGGCCCUUCGCCGGCGCGCUCUUCAAGUGGGCCUACUUAUACAAGCUGCGCUGGCAGCGGCGCGGCUUCUCCACGCCGCUGCUCGACCGCUUCGUCUUCGGCCGCGUGCGCUCGCUGCUCGGCGAGCGGCUGCGGCUCGCCAUCGCCGGCGGCGCGCCCCUCGCGCCCGACACGCACACGCAGGUGCGGCUGUGCCUGUGCUGCGAAGUGGUGGCGGGCUACGGGCUGACGGAGACGACGUCGUGCGCGACGGUGAUGAGCCCGCACGACCGCUCCACGGGGCGGGUGGGCGCGCCCGCCACGGGCGUGGACCUCAAGCUGCUGGACUGGGAGGAGGGCCACUACCGCGUCAGCAACCGGCCCUUCCCGCGCGGCGAGGUGGUCGUCGGCGGCGACAGCGUGGCCGAGGGCUACUACAAGAACCCCGAGAAGACGCGCGACGAGUUCGUCGAGGCCGACGGCCGCCGCUGGUUCCGCUCCGGCGACAUCGCCGAGCUGCACCACGACGGCUGCAUCAAGAUCAUAGACCGCAAGAAGGACCUGGUGAAGCUGCAGGCCGGCGAGUACGUGUCCCUGGGCAAGGUGGAGGCCGAGCUGAAGACGUGCCCCAUGGUGGAGAACAUCUGCGUGUACGGCGACAGCACGAAGACGUACACGGUGGCGCUGGUGGUGCCGCACCAGGGCCACCUGGCGGAGCUGGCGGCGCGGCUGGGUCGGCCCAGCGCCGAGCUGGCCGCCAUGUGCGCCGACCCCGUGCUGGAGCAGGCCGUGGUGCGCGAGCUGGCCGAGCACGCGCGCAAGUGCGGCCUCGAGAAGUUCGAGGUGCCGGCCGCCGUCAAGCUGUGCACCGAGGUGUGGUCGCCCGACAUGGGGCUGGUCACGGCCGCCUUCAAGAUCAAGCGCAAGGACAUCCAGGAGCGCUACAAGGACGACAUCAAGCGCAUGUACGCCUCG